AUGACAACUAUAAUCUUCUUGUUUAGUAUAACCAUUGCAGUAGCCGUAGUGCUUGGACUGGCUGCUCAUGCCCUGCCUAAACGCACCAGGGAUAGAGAAAAGAGCUCCCCCUACGAGUGUGGCUUUGAUCCGCUAAAAUCCGCCCGAUUACCUUUUUCAUUCCGGUUUUUUCUUGUCGCCAUUUUGUUUUUGCUGUUUGACCUAGAAAUAGCACUGCUCUUUCCUUUACCAGCUGCUAGGCUGAUAACUCCCCCCUCCACCUUAAUUCCAAUCUCAAUGGUUUUUAUGGUUAUCUUGACACUCGGAUUAGUCUUCGAGUGAAUAAAAGGGGGCCUAGAAUGAGCAGAGUAA